CUGCUGCACACUAUCAGUACAUUUUCUCAGCCACUGUGCCGUGGCAAUGUUGUGGAUCAGUUCUUUUGUGAAAUCCCCCACAUCCUCAGGCUCUCCUGCUCUGAAUCAGACUACCUCAGGGAAAUUGGUUUCAUUGUGCUUAGUGUUCUUGCCGUAUUUGUGUGUUUUGUUUUCAUUGUUGUGUCCUAUGUGCAGAUCUUCAGGGCUGUGCUGAGGAUGCCCUCUGAGCAGGGACGCCACAAAGCCUUCUCCACGUGCCUCCCUCACCUGGCUGUGCUCUCCCUCUUUCUCAGCACUGACUUUUUGGCCUACAUGAAGCCCCCAUCCAUCUCCUCCCCAUCCCUGGACCUGGUGGUUUCAUUUCUGUACUCGGUGGUGCCUCCAACACUAAACCCCCUCAUCUACAGCAUGAGGAACCAGGAGCUCAAGGAUGCAGUGAGGAAAAUGUCAUGGACAAAUUUCAGUAGGGAUCGUCUUCUCAUCUGCCUGAACAAAUGA